AUGUCGCGUGGAAAAUCUCCGGGUCCGGAUGGCUUUAAUGUUGAAUUUUAUCUCUUUUACUGGAAUAUUUUGGGAGAUCACAUUUUUAAAGCCAUUGCUCAUGUUUUUGACACUGCUAAAAUUCCUAAUUCUUGGGGUAAAACAUUUGUUUUUCUUAUUCCAAAAAUUGAGCAUCCUCAAAAAGUUUCUGACUUUCACCCUAUAUCUCUCUGCAAUGUUUGUUAUAAAAUUAUCUCUAAAAUUCUUGCGGCUAGACUCAAAAUUGUUCUCCCCAAAUUAAUUGGCCCUGAGCAGACGGGUUUUCUUGCGGGUAGAUCUACCGUUGACAAUAUCCUUGCUGUUCAGGAGAUUGUUCAUUCCAUGGAAAUUGACAAAUCUAGCCCCCCUAGGAUGCUUUUAAAGAUAGACAUUGAGAAGGCCUUUGAUACUAUUAAUUGGAACCUGAUUCUUGCAACCCUCCAAAGAAUGUGCUUUCCCGAUAUUUGGAUUAAAUGGAUUGAGUCUUGUCUUACCUCCACCUCCUUUUCUUUUUUUAUCAAUGGUCGGCCUUCUAGAUGGAUGGCUAGUUCUCGGGGUGUUCGUCAGGGUGACUCCAUUUCCCCUCUUCUCUUUAUCCUAGCUUCUCAAAAUCUUUCUGCAAUUCUCAACCAUGCUCUCUAUAUUAACUUCAUCCCUGGGUUUGAUGCUCGGCUCACGCGGAACAUCAACCAUCUCAUGUUUACCGAUGAUCUUAUCAUAAUCUCUAAGGCUUCUAGGCAAUCUGCUAGAAACAUCCUUUUUUGCCUAAACUUGUAUGCUACUAUUUCUGGCCAGAAUCCCAACCUUAACAAAUCAGCUUUUUUCCUACCCAUCUACUAUUUUUCCAUUUUCCAUCUUCCGGACUCAAUUCUGGACUCCAUUUCCAAGUUUGCUCACAGAUUUCUUUGGGGUAGGCAUGGCAGGGGUCAGAGUUUCCAUUCUAUUGGUUGGCAUGUUUCUACUCUUUCUAAAUCUAAGGGGGGUUUAGGUCUGUGCAAUCUUAGACGCGCUCGUACUGCUCUCAUGGCCAAACAUGCUUUUUCUAUCGCCAACAAUUCUGAUAAAAUUUGGGUUUCAAUCUUUCUUCAUAAGUAUCCAAAUUGGCGCAUUUGGAACAACUGUUCUCAAUCUUCUGUCUCCAGUUUGCACAAAGCUAUUUCAAAAACAAUGUUUGUCCUUAAACCUAACUUUCAUCUUGCUACUUGUAAUCCAAAUCUUGUUAAUGUUUGGGAGGAUCCUUGGAUUCUGGAUCUCCCUCUCAAAUACAAGCCUACCUUUAUCAAUAUGAAUGUCACUGAUACCCUUGCAGUCACUUCUUUUAUCUCUGAGGGUACUUAUAAUUUAAAUGCUUGUUCUGAGCUUUUCGGUGGCAACCUGAGCAGAGUUGUGCUUAAUGAUUCCAUUUUUGACACCAACGCUUCUAAUGAUUGGGUCUGGCGACCCAUUUCAUCCAAAGCCACUACUGUGGCUACUGUAUAUGAUUUUGUUAAUUCUGGGGGGACUUCUCACUUGAAUUGGACUGGGUGGCAAGCCAUUUGGAAAUUGAUGGUUGUCCCACGUGUAAAGGUUUUCAUGUGGAAGCUUGCUCAUGGGAAGCUUCCUACUGCCGCUUAUCUCUUUAAUCUUAACAUUGGACCUGCCUCUCUUUGCCACUUUUGUAAUAUUCAUCCUGAAAACUCUACUCACCUAUUCUGGGAAUGCAGGAAUUCUGGCACUUGGAUUACUUGCAACUUGCAUUGUAACACCAGCUGUGAUUUUGCCAAAGCUUUCCUUGCAUCUGUGGCUUAUCACAUUUGGACUGCUAGAUGCAAUUUUAUCUUUAGGCAAAUAUCGGCAAACUUCAACUUGAUCCCUUCCAAAGUUUGGACAGCUACCCAUGACUACUUCUCUGCUCAUGACCUUAUUCAUAAACAUAUCUCUAUAUUAUCCAGGCCUGCCCAGCUCUCCAUUUCUGUCUCAACUGAUGCGGCUUGGGAUCCUCAUUCAGGAACUGCUGGUGUUUCAUGUGCAUCUUCCCUUGAAGCUGAAUUACUCGCUAUUCAAUUUGCCCUGGAUCACUGCUCUAACUUUGGCUGGACUCCUUCAAAUCUCUACACUAACUGUUGUUUUGCCAUUCAACUUCUUCAGAAUUUCAACAACAUCAUUACUUGGAGAAACUCCGCGAUCAUUCACUCCAUCAACCACAUUGCGCCUGAUGGCUUGAAUUCUAUUUUUGAUCAUAUCGAUCGUGAUUUCAAUUCCUUUGCUGAUCGACUUGCUCUCUUUGGCAGCUCAAAUCCACAAGUCUUUCUAGCUAUUUUUUCUUGUUUUUUAUCAGCUCUUGUAGCUCCUUUUGCAAAAAGGAUAACCAUGCUUGAAGGAGGGAGUAAAGGUGGAGUACCAGACAAAAAGAAGCCCAGAUUGGAGGAUUCAGCUGCGUCUGCUAAACGCAGUUUGGACUUCAUGGGUGACCAACAAGGAUUCUACGAAAAAGACAAAGCUGAGUAG